AUGGCAGCAGCAGCAGCAGCAGCAGCAACAGCAGCAGCAGCAGCAGCAGCAGCAGCAGCAGCAGCACUGCAGCAGCAGCAGCAGCAGCAGCAGCAACAGCAGCAGCAGCAGCAGCAGCAGCAGCAGCAGCAGCAAUACAUAAGCCCAUCAACAGCAGCAGCAGCAGCAGCAGCAGCAGAAACAUCAGCAGGAAUUCAACAGCAGCAGCAGCAGCAGCAGCAGCAGCAGCAGCAGCAGCAGCAGCAGCAGCAUCAAGAGGUUUAUUUCAAGGUCCCGGUGAUGUUUGUCUUCUGGGUAUCCAACAAAGGAAUGGCAGCAGCGCAUCAUCUGCUGCUGCUGACGGCUUUGCUGCUGCUGCUGCUGCUCUCUCCUUUCCUCGCUAGCUGCUCGACUGCAGCAGCAGGAGAAGGAAUAGCAGCAGCAGCAGCAGCAGCAGCAGCAGCAGCAACACCAGCAGCAGCAGCAACAGCAGCAAGAACAACCGGGGGAGAUGAGGCUGACGAAGGUGCUGCAGCAGCAGCAGCAGGAGCAGCAGCAGCAGCAGCAGCAGCAGGAUCUCCUGUAGCAGCAAGUAUCUCUACUGUAUCGAGUCUGCUGCAGCUGCAGCAGCAGCAGCAACUGCAGCUGCAGCUGCAGCAGCAGCAGAAGGAUAUUCCAUCUGUAUCGGGAACUGCAGCAACAGCAGCAGCAGCAGCAGCAGGGGGAUUUGAGUCAGAAGAAGAAGCAAUGGCUGCAGAGGGAGAAGAAGAGUACCAAGACGAAGACACGGCCUUCAUACAAAUACCCACCAGCAGCAGCAGCAGCAGCAGCAGCAGCAGCAGCAGCAGCAGCAGCAGCAGCAGUUUUUUAGAGACAAUGCCUGGAUUUGAUUCAUACGAAGCAGACGAUGAGGCAGCAGAAGUGGGAAUGAUGGAAGACAGCAGCAGCAGCAGCAGCAGCAGCUUUUCUAGUUUCAGCAGCAGCAGCAGCAGGAGCCGCAGCAGCAACCACCGCAGCAGCAGCAGCAGCAGCAGCAGCAGGAUAACAAAGUAUGGAGAAAAACAUAUAUUCUCUCUCGCCCCUUCUGCUGCUGUUGCUGAUAUGUCUUCUUGUAUGGUGGACCACAAAGGAUACGUGCGGCUGCAGGUUGCUGUUGUGCUGACGCAAAAAGAUAUAAAUAAACCUAAACCCUUUGUCUUUUAUACAUAUGGCCCCCAAACAGCAGCAGCAGCAGCAGCAGCAGAAGCAGCAGCAGAAGGUGCUGCUGCUGCUGCUGCUGGCAGCAGAGGAAUGGAGACAGAAGAAUGGGGAGAAGAAGCAGAAGAAGGGUUUCUACAGAUGCAUGCUGCUGCUGCUGCUGCUGCUGCUGCUGCUGCACCUGCUGCUGCACCUGCUGCUGCUGCAGCAGCAGCACCUGCUGCUGCUGCUGCAGCAGCAGCACCUGGUGCUGUAUUUGUUGAGUUUGCGGGGCUGCGCCGUUUGUUUAAGGGGAGAGGAGAAGACGAAGAAGAAGCAGCAGCAGCAGCAGCAGCAGCAGAUGACGAUGAUGAUGAUGAUGCAGCAGCAGCAGCAGCAGGAGGCAGCAAACGUAAAAGGGGGCUGGGGGGCGCGCUGCAGCAGCUAUGGAGAAAAAGAAAAAGAAAGGAGACAGAAGAAGAGACAGAAUAUGAGGAUAAUAAAUAA